GAGAGGCCUGAGUUCGAAUCCUGUCUGACACAAACCUCGUGACCUCGGGCAGCUGGCCGGCCCUGGGCUUCAUCUCCAAGGCCCUCUCCAAGCCUCGAUCUGGAAACUGGGCUAAUAAUCAUGCCGAGGCUCCCAUCAUUAUCUGGCCUCCCGAAGCCGCAGGGAGACCUCGCCCCCUCCCCCUCCCGCCCCGAGUCCUCCGAGACCCUCCCGGUGGGGGCUCAGCGGCCUCUCUCCUUCCCGCAGGCGCGCCCCCCAGCCUGGGCACCAUGGACAGCGAGGCCUUCGAGAGCGCGGCGCGGGAACUGCUGGACUUGAACUUCCAAUCCUUGGCCAUGAAGCAUAUUGACCUGAAGCAGAUGGAGCUGGACACGGCCGCGGCCAAAGUGGACGAGCUCACCAAGCAGCUGGAGUCGCUGUGGUCCGACUCGCCCGCCCCCGCCACCCCUCCGCCGCAGACCAGUGUCCCUGCGAGGCUGACCAGAUACAGCUCCAGUCCCACUCCUGACCAUUUUAGCCGCACCUCUUCACCCCGGAAGGUGGCAGACAGUGGGGAUGCCACCUACACCCGCUCAGAGAACUCUCCCACCUUGCUCUCAUACAGUCCUCUGUCCCCCAAAGGGCGCCCAGCCUCCCCCCGCACGCCCCUCUACCUGUCUCCAGAGUCAUACUCGCCACUGGAACGAGCCCCGUCCCCACGGCCCAAAGUGCUAAGUUACGAGGCUGCCGUUGGCUCUCUGGGCCGGGCCCCAUCCCCGAGGCCUGGCUCUGGCCCCCUGCGGCCCACAGGGCCCCCCCCACAAUAUGACUUCCUAGCCAGUGGACGGGCUGGCUCUCCUCGGGGCGACGGCUCUCAGGCCUUCUUCCCUGACCACCGAGGAGCCUCCCCCCGCCUGGGCUUUCCUGCCACUUACGAGGGCUCCACUCUCUUUGGGAGUCCGCCCCCCGGUGCUGGGGGCAGUGCCUUUGCUCCGCUUCGGGCACAAGAUGACCUGACACUCCGCCGGCGGCCCCCCAAGAGCUGGAAUGAGUCGGAUUUGGACGUAGCCUACGAGAAGAAGUCGUCAUCUCAGACCUCCAGCUAUGAACGCCUGGAUGCUUUGGGGGGCCUGCGUCCGUCCUCCCCAUCCUUGCAGCUGUUACCUUGGCGGGAGAGCAGUCUAGAUGGCCUGGGUGGCCCGGGCAAGGACAGCCUCACCAGUUCCACUCUGCCCCGGAAUUACAAAGUGUCUCCCCUGGCCAGUGACCGGCGGACGGAGGUUGGGGGAUAUCGCCGCUCCUUGGGUCCAGGGGUCCCUGGCACCCUUCCUCGAAGCUGGCAGCCAGCCAGCCGCAUCGUGAUGCCACCCACCAGCGCCCAGACCCGGGGGGCCCCUCGCCAGCGGCCUAUCCCUCUCUCCAUGAUAUUUAAGUUGCAAAACGCCUUCUGGGAGUAUGGGGCGGCCAAGGCAGGGCCUCCGGGCUCGCCCAUUAUCACACGGGCUCCCCUACCCAAGCUGACCCCCCAGGCCCCAGCCCCAGUCCCAUCCCCGGCCCCUCAGAGCCCAGUCUUAGCCCCUCAGAGCCCGGUCCCAGCCCCACAGAGCUCAGCCCAGACUCCGGCCACUCAGCUUGUACCGCCAGCCCGGCCUCCAGGAGGUGAAGGUCCCCCAAAGCCCCUGGAAGAGCCGGAGCCGGAGCCGGAGCUGGAGGGGCUGCUGGCCCCUGCCCUGGAGGUCGUAGAGACCGAGGAAGGCGCCGUGCCUCGACCCCUGAGCCCUACCCGGCUACAGCCGGCGCUCCCCCCGGAGGCCCAGACGGUGCCCGAGCUGGAGGAGGUGGCGCGGGUGCUGGCGGAGAUACCGCGGCCCCUGAAGCGCCGAGGCUCCAUGGAGCAGAGCCCCGGCCCAGCCCUGCCCCCCACCCACAAGAAACAGUACCAGCAGCUCAUUAACCGCCUCUUCCACCGGCACGGGGGCAGUGGCGGAGGUCCUCCCCGCGACGGUGGCGCCGGACCUGGGGGCCCUGAGCCCGAGCUGCCCUCCAUUACGGAGAGUGGCGAGGCACGAGCGGGGCCCCCUGCCCCGGCCCCCCCAACGCCUACCCUCCUACCCCCCAGCCUUCCUGAGCCACCCCCGCCCCAGAGCACGGAAAUGCGCUCGGUGCUUCGGAAGGGGGGCUCCCCCCGCAAGGCCCGCCGGGCCCGCCUUAACCCCCUCGUGCUACUGCUGGAUGCGGCGCUCACCGGGGAGUUGGAUGUGGUCCAGCAGGCUGUGAAGGAGAUGAAUGACCCCAGCCAGCCCAAUGAGGAGGGCAUCACAGCCCUGCACAAUGCCAUCUGCGGUGCCAACUAUGCCAUCGUGGACUUCCUCAUUGGUACCGGUGCCAACGUUAACUCCCCGGACAGCCACGGCUGGACACCCUUACACUGUGCCGCCUCUUGCAACGAUACGGCCAUCUGCACAGCGCUGGUGCAGCACGGGGCCGCCAUCUUUGCUACGACCCUGAGCGACGGCGCCAUGGCCAUCGAGAAGUGCGACCCUUAUCGGGAGGGCUACGCGGACUGUGCCACCUACCUGGCAGAGGCUGAGCAGAGCAUGGGCCACCUGCAUGGAGGGGCAGUCUAUGCCCUCUGGGACUACAGCGCCGAGUUUGGGGAUGAGCUGUCCUUCCGGGAGGGAGAACCUGUGACUGUCCUGCGCCGGGAUGGCCCCGAGGAGACGGACUGGUGGUGGGCAGCACUGCGGGGCCAGGAGGGCUAUGUGCCCAGAAACUACUUUGGGUUGUUCCCCAGAGUGAAACCUCAGCGUGGAAAAGUGUAGGAUCCCAGACCAAGCGCCAGGAAGAGCCGAUGGAGAGAUGAGAAUCAAGGAGGAAUUUCCCAGCUCCUCCUGCUCCUGAUCCAGGGAGAGGGGGAUGAACUUGGAACCUGUCUUUGAAAGGGGAAGGGGCCCCCUAAAUCCUGUCCAUGCCAUUACUAUAGCCCCUCUCAGGCUCCAGCUACAUGUCCAGAGCACCCUGACCCCAGUGGAGUUGUCAUGGCUGAGCCAGAUCAAUCAGCGAUGCCACCCUCCCCUCCCCCAAAACAAAACAAUUCAGCCCUCCAUGAUCCCAGAAGCGAGAAGAUUCUCUCACCCAGGCCACACAACACCAGCCUGCAAUGAACUCUGACCCGGUCUGUCUUCUGCUCUCUUUCCCACCAGCAGCCUUGGGGGUUGGAGGUACAGUAACUUCCUCCCUCCUUCCCCCAACCAAGUGCCUUCAGAAUUGAUGCUUGGUUUGUAAUUAAAUAGGAAAAAGCAAAUGCUUUUGAAAUAAAGGUCCUGUCUUUGGAUGAA